AUGUCGCACGAGUCGAGCAGACGCGGGGAGGAGAGGAGCGGCGGCGGCAGCCUGAAGCGGCACCGGAGCCACAGCGAGUCCUUGCCGGGCGGCAGCAGCGGCAGCUCGGGCGGGGGCAGCAAAGGGCUGGGCUCCUCGGGAGGAGGAGGAGGAGGGGUCUUUUGGAGCGAUGGGGGCGGGGGGGCAGGUAGUAACAAAGUAUUAAUAGAGCAAUAUUUUCCUCUCUUCCCCCCCCCCCCCCCCCGAUAUGAGAAACUUCCUCCCGGAAUGAUUAAGGAAAAUGAGACAAAACCAGAAGACUGCAUUCCUGAUGUGCCUGGAAAUGAAAAUGCACGAGAAUUCCUCGCACAUGCGCCAACAAAAGGGCUCUGGAUGCCUCUAGGGAAAGCGGUCAAAGUUAUGCAGUGCUGGAGAUGUAAAAGUUAUGAACACAGAAGAGGUGAUAAAGAAUGUGCUUUCUUCAUUAAAGACAAUCAGAAGCUUGAACAAUUCAGAGUAGCGCACGAAGACCCCAUGUAUGAUAUAAUAAGGGAAAACAAGCGUCACGAGAAAGAAAUGCGGAUACAGCAGUUGAAGCAGCUGCUUGAAGACUCCACUUCGGACGAAGACAGCAGCAGUGAGAGCGCCAGUUCUUCGGGGGGGAAGGAAAGGCACAAGAAAAAGAAGAAAGAGAAAAAGAAGAAAGAGAAAAAGAAGAAGAAAAAGAGAAAGCACAAAUCUUCCAAAUCAGACAGAAGGUCAGAAUCGGACUGAGGAAGCUUUGUAAAGUGUUGGGAGGCAUCCAGUUCCUCCUGAAAGAGGUUUUGCGAUCGUUUGGAUACGAUCUGCAGGCACUUUUACCUGCUCCGUGGUGAUAUUUUGCAAGUUGCCUUAUCAACGGGCUCUCCUGCUAUAUCUGUGCAUUGCAUUUCUCUCCCACUUAGGAUUUAAAACCCAGUGUGAGGGUUUGGUGCAGCAAGGGCUGCCAUGAAAGAGAAUUGCCUCCCAUAUUCCCUGUGAGUUUCCUUGUUAGGAGCUAUUGGCCUGUAGACCCCUGUCUAUUCUUUUAGCCUCCUAAGAGGCUGGAAGCAGUUUGGCGGCAGCAAGGUAUGUUACUCCGGGACCCAGGAUGGGAACUGCAGGGGAGGAAUUGCCAGUAGGGAAACCUGCAAAAACACUGCUGCAGUGUCUGCACAAGGACCCUCCGGGUUGUAGCUUAGGAGACUAUAUAUAAAUACAGAUGGACAAUUGCUUUAGUGUCAUGAAAGUGAAAUCUCUGCUAUGUGGCGGGCUAAGGAGGGUGACGUCUGGCAAGCCAAAGUUAUGCUUUCCGAAGCUAAAGCCAGCAGUCGCCAGAAACAAGAGUAAGAUUUUGUGUGGAUUUCACACUGCAGAACCUUUGAAUUAAAAAGGGUGCUUUUUCAGCAUGAGAAACCGAUCUUUAUUUCACCUUGGAAUUCAUGGAGACGAUUUAUGACUACAGUUGUACUUGAACGGAAACAGGGUGAUACACCCAGUUUAACUUAAAGCUGGCCUGCGCAACUGAGCCAAAGAGACUCUACUGUCUCUGCGUGGUAGGAGGCUCCAUAAACUGCCUGUAGUGCCUGCUUCCUUGAAACUACAAAAACCGAGGGUGAUUCUCAAGCACUCGGCCCAGGGGUAGACUGUCCACUAAAUGUACCGGAAAAGUUCCUGGAGGGCCACUGCUGACCAGAAGAAAGAGCUCGGCCCCAACAGCAAUGCCAGUGAAAAAGGAGCCACUGGGCUCAGAACCUUCAGCGGCAACCAUGACUGGUAUGGACUGACCGGUUGGUCCCUCACACACAGCCGCUGGGUGGUUUGUGUGUUAUAAGGGCUGUGCAGUUUGGCUUGCUUCUGGAUUGUACUAACUCUCCAGUUCACCCUUUGCUUUGGUCAGCCCCUUCUACACAGCUGGUUGGCUGCACUUGGCUUAAAUUGUACAGGCAUAACUCCAACCUGUCUGUGCCAUUUGAGUUACUGGCAGAUUGUGUCUUGUUCUGACAAUUCCAUAUCUGAAAAGUCAAUGUGUAUGAUGGGGAGUCAUGUCCAGCCCUUUCAGUUAUGUCAUCUAUGUGUUUACUGUGACAAAAUGAUGUAAAUCAAGAUCUGUGAACAGCACAUACAACAAUUGGUUGGAUCCUGUGAUGCUCUUCCAUAAAACUGGAUUAUGCAUCAGCAUUCCCCUAAAUCUUUGUCUGAUGGAGAAUGAAAGGGGGACAAAAGAAGUCUUUGAGCAAAUAAUGUUAAUGCUUUGUUGCAGCUGAAUUGUACAAAAGCAUUUGGAUUUGAAGAAUCUUAACCAAUGCAAUAGAAAUCUUAGUUGUGGUUUUUGUUGUGAUUUCCCCCUGCAGACUGUGGAUUUUAGUCCACUGUUUGCUGUUAAAAUACUUCUGUUUGCUUAUUGAAUGGAACUCCCAGGCAUUAAAAACCCUCUUGAUUAUAUUUGGAUAUGGUCAACAGCAAAUGGACUGGCUGCUGCAAAAGAGCCUUAAAAAUAAUCUAUACAGUUUUGCAAUAUUUAUUGCUUGGAUAUACUGGGAAAAUCUGGCAAACUGCUAUGUUAGGCCAGUUUUUGGUAAUGAUUCUAUGCCAUGGUUUUUUUGCGGUGGGAUAUGGGAAGAGUAUAAGAGUACAAGAACUGUGUUCAGUGCUGCAGCUGAUUUUCUCUAAUAAAAGAGUAUCUAAUCCAUCUACCAAAAUGUUUAAAGUCUUAUGGCAACAUGAAGGCCAACAGAUUUAUGGUGGCAUAAGCUUUCAUCGCCUAGAGGCUAUGUUUCAUAGAUGCAUGAACUGUGUCUGCACAUG